CUCUGGUGACAGUUGCAUAGUUCAAUUCUGGUGGUGUGUGUGUGAGAGACUACAUCGGAUGACUUUCUCCCGUUCCCUCUCCUACCAUGUCUCGAAAAUCGACCGGCCAACCUACUUCCCCUUCCCCCGGCCAUCUGCUCGCCCGACGCCCACUACGUCGCGCUGCAUAUCAUGCAUGGGACGAAGCUUAACCUAUUCGCCUGUCGUUAAAUUACGGGACGGCCGAGCCUUGUUCUUUCCAACGGGUAACUGAAUAUUUAACCUGAACCACCCCCCCGCCUCCCGUCGGAUGGGACGACGCAUGCACACUCGCCUACUGGGCAUCGCGUCACUGAUACCAACGGGCGUUGCUGACCACGUUCCGCGAAGCGUAGACUUGCUUUCACUGUAUCGCGACUAUUCAAGCAGACGCCAUGGCCGAGCCCGAGAAGAGACUCGACGCAGACUCACCAGCCUUCGCUAAGGAUGGCGUCUACAACCACGAGGAGCGCAAAAAGAGCAUCGCGGAGCUGACCCAGAACCUCGAGGGGGAGAUCAAGAACCCCCUCCGGGGCAUCCCCAAGGCCGAGCUCCUCGACCAGGUCGCCGACUACCAGCGGUCGCACGGCCUCCCCGACGACAUCCUCCCGUUGCUGAAGAAGGGCGCCCUGGUCGCGCAGAACCCGGCCUUGUUCGAGGAGCUCGAAGAGCUCGACGAGGCCGAGAAGCAGGCGCUGCGCGAGGAGGUGACGCACCGGUGGAAGCACCCUUGGGCGCUCUACUACACCAUCAUCCUCAACUCCGUCGCCGCCGCCAUCCAGGGAUGGGACCAGACCGGCUCCAACGGCGCCAAUUUGGCGUUCCCCGUCGCGCUUGGCAUCCCCGACGCCGCCGGCUCGGCCUGCGGCCCCGUCGCGGACGAGGGCGAAUGCGCCAAGAAUAGCUGGAUCAUCGGUCUUGUCAACUCCAUGCCCUACAUCACCAUCUUCAUAUUCGCCUGUUGGAUAUCCGAUCCCCUCAAUGAGCUCCUUGGCCGCCGCGGCGUCAUCUUCAUCGCUGCCAUUUUCUCGCUGCUUGCGCCCUUCGGCAUGGCCGUCUCGCAGACAUGGGGCCAGCUCGCAGCGUGCAGGAUGCUACUCGGAAUCGGCAUGGGUCUGAAAGAAGUCACAGUUCCCGUCUUCUCCGCCGAGAACUCUCCCACACUUAUCCGCGGCGGCCUGGUCAUGUCUUGGCAGGUCUGGACCGCGUUCGGCAUCUUCCUCGGCACGUGCGCCAACCUCGCCGUCGGCAGGACGGGCGACAUCGCCUGGCGCCUCCAGUUCGCCUCGGCCUUCAUCCCCGCCGUGCCCCUCGUCAUCGGAACGUACUUCUGCCCCGAGUCCCCCCGGUGGUACCUCAAGAAGGGCCGCCACGUCAAGGCCUGGGGGUCGCUGCUCCGCCUGCGCAACACGCCGCUGCAGGCCGCGCGGGACCUGUACUACAUCCACGCGCUGCUCGAGUACGAGGAGACGCUGGUGCAGGAGGCCGGCCUCAAGGUCACGAGCAACAUGUUCACCCGCUUCGUCGAGCUCUUCACCAUCGCGCGCAUCCGGCGCGCGACCUGGGCCGCGGGCAUCGUCAUGAUUGCGCAGCAGAUGUGCGGAAUCAACAUCAUCUCGUUCUACAGCGCGACCAUCUUCAAGCAAAGCGGCAUCAGCGACUACACUGCGCUCUGGGCCAGUUUCGGCUUCGGCUUGAUCAACUUCACGUUCGCGUGGCCCGCCGUCUGGACCAUCGACACCUUUGGCAGACGGACGCUUCUGCUCUUCACGUUCCCCAACAUGUUCUGGACCCUGCUAGCCGCCGGCCUCUGCUACCUCAUCAACGACAGCACCGCCAGAAUCGCAGCGGUGGCGACCUUUGUCUACCUUUUUGCCGCCUUCUACUCCCCCGGCGAGGGCCCCGUCCCCUUCAUGUACUCGGCCGAGGUCUUCCCCCUCUCCCACCGCGAGGUCGGCAUGUCCUGGGCCGUCGCGACCAACAACUUCUGGGCCUCGGUGCUCUCCCUGACCCUCCCGCGCAUGCUCAUCGCCAUGACCGCCACCGGCGUCUUCUCCUUCUACGCCGGCCUCAACCUCGUCGCCCUCGCCCUCAUCUUCCUCUUCGUCCCCGAGACGAAGCAGAAGUCGCUCGAGGAGCUCGACUACGUCUUCGGCGUGCCCACCCGCAAGCACGCGUCCUACCAGCUCGGCACCGUCCUGCCGUGGUGGACAAAGACGUACGUCAUGCGCCGCAAGGUGGGCCCCUGCCCGCCGCUGUACCACGAGGAGAACUUCGAGGGCCGGCGCGGUGAUGCAUGAGCGUUGCAUGGGUCACACACGUCGCGUGCCCCGCGCGCCUUGGAUGGGGCUGUGGGGAGAGACGGGGAAGGAUACGACUUUCAUUGCGGGGAGUUACAUUGGCGUCUGGUGCGGUAGUCUCCGCUGGGAGAUCGUAGUAUACCCCUCGGUAGUACUAAAUAUCAAAUCCGUUGCCAUCGAACAUCACGCGCGCCUAAAGUUUCCGUUCCUGA